AACAAUGAGAGUGUUGUUGAUUUGUUUAAAAUGUGAAGUGGGGAACUAUUAUUGCGUGUGUAGAUAAAGUGGACACAGUGAGAAAAUGUAUAGAGAUAAGUAACUUCGAAAACUUCGUUUCCAGCACUAUGUUGGUGUACUUUCACAACUGUGUUGGUGUACUGUGUUGACAAUUGUAUUAGUAAAUUAAAAUGGGUGAAAAUAUUCUGCAGCAUUUCCACCCUGAUAUUCAGCCAUUAAUCAAAGUCGUACUCAGUGAAAAAGUUGGUAUUGGCUCAGGCAAUAUCAAAAUUAGUGGCAUAUCAUCUGGAAGACCAACAGACAGUGCUGAAGGUAAUGCUGACCGCUUCAAGCUUGUUAUACCUUAUGCAGGGCAAAAAAUUACAUGGAAUGUGGUAUUCAAUAGCCAGAAACCUCAUUUUGCACCAGAUUUUUGUUUUGAUGAAGACUCCUUCUUGGCUGACCCUGACAUUGAGUUUCUGGAAGAAUCAUUACCAAGUCUCGCAGCUUGGAAUGUGCGUGAUCCCAGAGCAUUACUUAAUGUCAUCUCAGAACUCCUAGAAGUUUACAGGAAACAUCAGGUUGAACUCUUGGAGCAUGCAGACAGAUCUCGACUGCACUUUGAGUAUUCAUCUUUGAUUUGCCAGGCAGAAGUUGCUGAGGGAGAUGUAGAGGUGCUGGUUGGAAGUGGUAGACAGCGAGCUUCAAGUUUCCUGAUACGCCUCCAGGUGGAUUUCUCAGCAAUUCCACAGCCCCUUGGGAAUACUGGUGAGCCCACUGCUACUUUGACCGUGACAUUCCACUCUCCUACUGAAGGAGGUCGCAUCACUCCGCAGCUGCUGCUGUCACUACAGGCUGAGGCAGCACUUGAGGGUGUUGGAGGUAGUGGAAUGUCAUUACCCCCAUUUCCACCUGGUGGUAGUUGCUUGAUGGACUAUGUUCCUGUGGUAACGGCACGCUUACAGGACCGAAUUGAUGCUGCCGCUGCCGCCCAUGACAGAAGGAGAGAACUUAUUACUGCUCUUUUUCAUCAUUUUGGUAAUGGUGUCUUGGAAUAUGAUGGCAUUGGCUUUACCAGAGCUUCCUUUUUACUUGAAUGGAGAGAUUUUUAUUUCAUUUUGCACUUCACAUUGCCUCCUGGAUUUCCCCGUGAAAAACCUGUUGUUAUGUUCCAGUCAGUAUAUCACGCAGCAGAUGGGAAGCCUUAUCGAUAUAGAUUUGAAGACUUCCCCUACAAUCCCCGCACUGAGGUAAAAAAAAUGGCUGAAAAACUUAUUGCCACUGUUAUAGAAUAUGUGGAAGUCUUUCAGAAAAAUUCAAUUCAGAGCUCUCUAAAUUUGUGAUUUAUUUAUCUGGAAUUGAGCUUUUUGUAGUAUGCUAUUUUAGCUGUUGUGUAAUUUAGAACAAAAUAAGAUAUAUUUGUAACUGUCUAUGAAGUUGAAUAUUUUUUUACAUGUAUUCAGAAUAUAUGCUGAUCAGAACAUUUGUCAACAUGCAGGGUGUUCAGAAGUGAUGGUUAAUAUUCAGGGAUGUGACAGGAACAAUCAUUCGAAACAAAAAAAGUCAAGUAUAUGAAUAAUAAUAAUAAUAAUAAUAAUAAUAAUAAUAAUAAUAAUAAUUUGAAACAAGUAAAUACGGGAUCUGAAAUGCAUGCCUUAAGAGCUACGAGCAAUUCUUGGUUUUUGAUACUGUGAAACUGACCUCUCCUACUGCAAGCUCUUUCCUUUCCUUUCCAUGUUUUGGGGCAUGGUGGUAUGGACCCAAACAAGAAGGAAAAAAAAGUGUAGUAAACAUGUACUCUAAAAUGCAUACCUUAAAAGUUACGAACACUUGUUCAUUAGAAGAGUUGUUUCAAAGUAGCGAAGAUGAACAAGUGAUCAUAGCUCUAAAGGUGUGCAUUUUUGAGAACACUUUUAUUAGACUUUUUGUCUUGUUUUUGCCCGUACUACCAUUUCCCAAAAAAAUGGAAAGUAAAGAGCUUGCAAUAGAAGAGAUAUGUUUCACAGUAUCAAAGAUCAAGAUGCUCUUAAGGCAUGCAUUUCAGAUCCCGUAUUUACUUGUUUCAAAUUAUUAUUAUUAUUAUUAUUAUUAUUAUUAUUAUUAUUAUUCAUAUCCCUAAAUGUUGACCACUUCUGAAACACUCUGUACACAUAUUUUCACUUACUAGAUCGUUGAGGCACUGAUAUCUUUUUUAUUUUCAUUAGUAUCAAGAUAAUUCUCAUUUGUUGGAACUGUUCAUGUGCAUACAGAUUAUAAUUGUCAAAAAAUACAGAAUUUUGAUUAAAAAUUUACCACU